UGGCUGGAAAGACACCAGCGCCUCCUGCUCCGCAACCCCCGGCUGCGGGGAGCACCCCGCCCUGCCGCUUGCCUGGCUUUUUGCUCGGGUUUCGUGCUUGGGGCUUCUUCUUCCUUCCUCAGAAGAGCCGGAAAAGGGAAGCUUUGGGCGGUGCGUGGCUCCCUCGCCUCCCCUUCCGCCGCCCGCUCCGCCCCGGUUGCUGCGGGGCCGCUGCGCAGUUUUCGGCAUGGCAGUGGACUGGCUCGGCUUUGGCUACGCCGCCCUGGUGACAUCAGGAGGGAUCAUUGGCUAUGCAAAAGCAGGCAGUGUUCCAUCACUAGCUGCUGGCCUUUUCUUUGGAAGUUUGGCUGGACUGGGUGCUUAUCAGAUCUCACAGAAUCCAAAUAACAUUUGGGUUUCUCUGAUUACAUCUGGAGCACUGACUGCCAUCAUGGGAACAAGAUUUUACCACUCCAGAAAAUUCAUGCCUGCAGGGCUAAUUGCUGGUGUCAGUUUGCUCAUGGUUGGAAGAUUAGCACUGAAGAUGUUGGAAAAGCCCCAGGAAAAGUAACUGUUAAUUUUAUAUCUUAAUAUUUGGAAAAGGAAACCUGAUAAUGAAGUUGCAUGAAUGCAGAAGUGAGAAGAUGGAAAAAUUCUCUGCAGCAAGACUUUUUUUAUCUUUUUUUGUAAGGGGGAAUAGAAUGAUGGGACAGACAGUUUAUAUACAAGAUAGAGCUGUUUGUGUAUAGAGAGAAAUGGGUCCUGGGUUUGAUUUUUCUGGGCAUGUUUCAAUGUAUUCCAACACUUCCAUGUUUUUGUAUUCCAAAAUAUA